AUGGACAAGCCCAAAGAGAAAACGUCCAAGCCAAACGUUAAGCUUGCCAAAUGGCUCGCGUGCACCCCUCCCUCCUCGGAGCUUCCCUGGGGGUCCAGAGAAACUUAUGAGAGGGGUGGCAUCAUAUAUGAGAAAACCACUGGGCGAGCCCUGGGAAGAAUACGCGCCAAGACAGGAUCCCGGGGAGCUCCAUGCACAUUUGAUCUGUUGUGGACGCAACGAAAGCGAUGCAUUCAGACCUACACACAUUGCUACAAUCAAGGCUUUGACAGGCAGGCCAAACGCCCACCCGGUAGGGCAGGAUCAGGGGGCAGUUCCGUCCGGACCAGAAGCUCAAGAGCCGGGACGGUGGCCUCAAGUCAGGGCGUUGAUGACUUUGAAAUCACAGAGGGUGGUGGUGUUGAGGACUUUGAAAUCACAGAGGGUGCUGGUGUUGAGGCAAACGCAGAUGACGACCCUGCCGAGACAACUACAGAUGAGCUUGUGGCGCUAGAUUCCUCGGGAGAGGGGGCAGGGUGA